UGUCAGCGACCAUCAAGUUUGACAGAUGAAGGUUUAAAAGAAUAUGUCCCACCACAGCCAUAAUAAUGAGGAGAUGGAAAUAUCUUAAACCCCUUUGCAUUGCUGCUGCAUUUUUUCUACUCCUCCAAUUCUUUGUAUUGAUUCAUUUAAGUUCAAACCAGGGUGAUGCAGACACCCAUAGCCAUAAUGGCAAGAUAGUGGUUGAGUUAUUGCAGAAGUCAUGGACUGACAGUCCCUUGUUUCUAAUAGAGCCUUCAAUCUUAUCAGCAGUGUCAGCUGGAACCAACUCAAAAGAAGAUUGUGUUUAUUUGUGUAAUAAUAACAAAGUUAUUACAUUUGGUAUUAUUGGAAACCAGUCCAAAACUUUGUCUUUAAUGGUUCAUAAGUUAAGACAGGAUGGUUUUUCAGCUGUAGAUUCAUCGGAUGAACAUCCUGAUUCACUUAAUACCAAAGAAAAUAGAAUACCAGUCAAAAUUACCACACACAUUUUUGUUCAACAUAUGAAAUACCCAGAACCAACCAUUCAUAUCGUUGUGUUUUACAACAGAAAACCAGGCUUUUUAUGGCACAGUCAAAUACAGAUUGCAACAUCAGAUAUAGCUUUUGGUUCAACAGCUGGAGCAUAUGAUCUUUUUAAUUUACAAAAGAAGACAAUAGACAAUGUUCAGUUACACGUGCCAUCACCUAUCACAACAUUUCUACAACAAGUGCCUCAUUCGGAAUUUAUUGAAUGUAACUAUGCAAGAGCUGAAGCUUUCUAUAUGAAAAACCCAAGAGACAAAUCUGAAGCGGCUAUACAUUUCCAAAGAAAAGCAAGGCAACUUAUAUCAACAGCACAAAAAGUAUUAGAUGGUCUUGGUAUAAGAUUCUGGAUAAGUAGUGGUACUACCUUGGGUUGGUUCAGACAGUGUGAUAUAAUACCUUACUCACAGGAUGUAGACUUGGGUAUAUGGAUCAAAGAUUAUAAGCCAGAAAUGGUUCAAGGUUUUGAGAAGGCAGGGCUUCCUCUUAGAUUUUUAUUUGGAAAAGUAGAAGACAGUUAUCAAAUGGCAUUCUUAUCAGGGGAAGUCAAACUUGACAUAUUUUUCUUUUAUGAAGAUGAUGCUUCUAUGUGGAAUGCUGCAACAGUGACAGAAACUGGAGAGAAACUUAGAUAUAUAUUUCCAAGAUUUAAAUUAUGUUGGACAACAUUAUUGGAUUUAAAAGUUAGGGUGCCAUGUCCAACUCAACCAUACAUUGAAGCAAACUAUGGCAAUCAGUGGCAGACACAAAUAAAAACAUGGGAUUGGAAAUCAAGUGCUCCUAAUGUUAGACACAAUGGCUACUGGCCAAAGGACCAAUGGGAAAAGGUUAUACAAAUGUAUGAGUAAUAAUAUAAAGUAAGAACCAAUGGUUAAAAGUGAUGCAUCUAUGAUGUAUAAAAGAAUGAUUUGAGGAAAAAAGGUUGUGACAAAGUAUGUACUGUCCAAAGAAUUAGUAGAAAAACGGUUUUGUAAAUGUAUGAUCAAUUGUAAAUAUAUAGCAAUCUUAUCAUUGUGAGAAAGGAGGUUACUGAUAUCUAUAAGAGUUGCUUUAACAUUCAAUAUCCAUGUAAAAACUAGCCUUUCAACUAAAAGGGGCAUUUGUAUCUUAUCUAACACCUUACUGUUGAGAGAUUGUUGAUUUGAAGUGUUUGUACAAUCUACAGUUGCUGGAAUUUUAGACUGUUAAUUUAAAAUCAUUUUAUUGUUUUAA